CCCUAAUUCCAUCCCCAAGGUUUUACAAUCGUUUUGCUAAUUGCUACAAAUACUCUCCCCAACUCCCACGCUUAUUAACAAUUUCAUAAUGGAAGAUGCCGAUGCGAACUCUUUUAUUCUUAAACAUGUUGACACCAAGCGUAAACAGGAUCAAGAUGUAUUAUCUGCUGAAGAUUUCGCCUGGGCAGACUCCUGCUUAAAUGCGGAUCCUGAUAUAUCAGAAACUAGUAUGGAGUCUGUAAGAGAAGCUUUACUCAAUAUUCUUGAUUUACAUUCUGAGAUGAUCCAUGAGCCUUCUACAAACGAGCAGGAUAAUGCGAGUCACAUAGAUGAGUUGGAGAACUUACCUUCAUUUACAGAUGAAGGACCCUCAGAAACUGCUGAAACGAGUAAUAAUGAUCACCUAGAAGAAGAAAAAAUCGUUGAUGUUCUAUCCUCAUUAAAGCAACAACCUUUUCUUCCAAACUAUAAAGACGAGAUGUUGAAAACUCAAUUUUCUGAUGAUAAUGAUGAUGAUUUGGGAUUUGUGUUUUCGGAAUUUGCAAUGGACCAACCAUUGUCUGACAAUAUUUUCAAGGUGUGGGAUUUAGACAUCCCUGUUGAAGAAGAAGAUGAACUUGAUACACAGCUGAAGGAAGCUCUUUCUUCAAAUGCAGGCACACGUGUGCUGCCUAGAAGGAAAGGUUUGGAUAUAGAGUCGGUUGACAGUCUUGUUGAGAGUAUUGCAGAUCUUUCUUUAAAGUAAAGGAGUGGUGGUUCAUUAGUCUUGGACCAAUGUAUGGCUAGGUAACCAAUGUAUGCUAGGUAAACUAUCAUGUUCUUCAUAAUUAUGAAAAUACCAGUGUUUUUUGUUA